AUGACGGUACGCGGCUACAGCUGUUGUGCUGACUUGGUAGUUCGGACAUGCAUGAAGAAGGCCGGCGCUUGCGAUGUACGAAUGGAAGACCUAUACAGCUCACAUCCGUCCUACAUAGAAGGAGAUUUGCUGACCAUUCAGAAGCGAACGAAUGUCGACGAAAACGAACAUGGCACAGCCCUUCAUAGAGCCGUUCAAAUGGGCAACGCCGUUAUGGCAAGAAGCCUGCUCAACAACAAGUCGGUGUGGAUUGACGAAGAAGACGGUCGAGGUCGAACGGCCUUGCACUACGCGAUGGAGCAGGACUCGUUUGAGAUUGUCGAGGUGUUGAUAAAUGGGGGAGCCAAUCUGGAUUGUGUGGAUUUCCACGGCACCUCUGCUUGCCACUUGGCCUGCAAGGAAGGCAAAAUUGAUGCGCUGGAGCUCAUGAUGAUUCAUCGUGCAGACCCUUUUUGCGUCGAUAAAGCCGGAAAGACACCCUUCGAUCUCGCAUGUGAAUUUGGAAAGGAGAAGAUGGUCGAGUAUAUGUUGUUGAUGGUCGACAACCCAGCUCUGCUUCAACAUGCUGGUGAAGCUCACAAAGCAUCGGCUCUUCAUCUCGCGGCUCGAAAUGGACACACUCAUAUUGUCUGUCGAUUAUUAGAAAACGGAUGGGACGUGAAUCGAACGACCGUGCUUGGCACAGCUCUCCAUGAAGCAUCCGGUUACGGAAGGGCACAAGUUGUGCGAUUCCUGCUUCAUGCAGGAAUCAAUUCGUCACUAACAAAUGCGUCUGGCCUUACAGCACUCGAAUACGCGAAAAAGAACGCUCAUCGCAAUCCAAUCACUAUCAAAGAGAUACGAUUCCUAUUGAAA